GGGGCUCCAGGGCUGUUUGCGCGGGCCCGCAUGAGGCGUCGGUAUUCACAGGGGUUGGGUAUUUUUAGCAUGAUCCUGCUGCGAACACCAGCCGGUCACUCAACACCUGGAAAAUACAUGUUCCCGAAGUCUAGCAUUGGCUGGAAGCUAAAAGGUUUGGGCCACCAACAAGUCAGCUCACAAGCUAGCAGCGGCGAGCAGAUCUUGUACCGACACCGGCUGAAAGAGCGUGUGUUCGAGGGUGAUUCAGGAUGGCGGAGCAGCCUCUGUGGGAGCAGAUAGGAUCCAGCUUCGUGCGGCAUUACUAUCAGAUGUUUGAUUCUGACAGAUCACAGCUUGGAUCCAUAUAUAUUGAUACGUCAUGCCUUACGUGGGAAGGACAGCCCUACCAGGGAAAAAUAGCAAUUGUCGAGAAACUCACUAGUCUCCCCUUCACAAAAAUAGCCCAUAGUAUAACAGCAGAGGACCACCAGCCAACUCCAGACAGCUGCAUCUUGAGUAUGGUUGUAGGACAGCUGAAAGCAGAUGAAGACCCGAUCAUGGGCUUCCAUCAGAGUUUCAUCCUGAAGAACAUUAACGACGCGUGGGUGUGCACCAAUGACAUGUUCCGGCUGGCAAUUCACAACUUUAGUUAAGCUGCCUGUUUACGCCGGCGGGCAGGGGCGGCCAUAGCGGGAGGCCUUCAUGAGAUGAAGCUGAGGUUGUGCAGAAGAGAACGCACUCGCCCCUCCCUCCUGCCGUCUUAUUUACGCCUGUUUGACAGCCGAGCAAAUGCCAGAUUCUAGAUGUCGGUCACUGAACCUCGUCCAGGUGGGUUUUUUCUGACCAGCCCAGCAAGUAGAACUGCGUUGUUUUUGUUGUUGUUUUCUCUCUCUGAGAGCCGGCUGACCAGUCGGGACGCCCCUGUCUGCCUCUCCGCUGACCUGCAUGAUGCUGGGAGCCCCUCAUUAUAAAAGCUACACUCAAGCCGCCAGAAGGACAAACAGCUGACUGAUGCCAUUAAGUCUGUUCUGCUCUCAGCUCGUCUUCAUCUCAACCGUUCUCCCCUGCCGACUCGGUUCUGUUAGCACUGUAGUGGACUGGUUCAUAGAUCCAUGUUCAGGUUCAGUCCGCCUCUUUUCUGAUUUAGGGUUUGUUUUUAGAUGCCACUCAUGUCUUGCUUUAGCUUGCUUUAGUGUGUUGACUUCAGUUUGAUCUUCCUGUGUUCAGAUGCUAAGUUUGGCGUAACAAGCCAAAGGAGGACGUCGGUUCACUGUGCUCUUCUCUAAUCCUGCAUUUUCCAUCGUCUUCUUUCACACGUCUGGCAGUUAAAAUGGACUACAGCCACGAUACAAAAUAAAUCCUGGACAUUUUUCUUAAUUGUGUCGCCUUCCCCCCUGUUAUUUUGUAGCUUCUCAGUUUUUAUUCAUUUAGAGUAUGACUUCCUUUGAACUGGUUUAAAGUAUCUUUGCUUGUUUUUGGUUGGUUUCACUAACGGAGGUUUGGAUUUCUGCUCUGGCUGAAGGCACUUUGGCCAAGUGUGCUAAAAUAAACAGUUUUCACGUUUGGUGCCAUGAA